AGUCUAGAUACCCCCGAUAAUUCUUCAAUUCGUGCAUGUAUUAGCAAGCCCUAUGGCUACAAGGUUCCCGAUUUAACUGAUUGUGUUGGAUACCUCCUAUGUCAUGGGGAAAUGGUCAUACAACAGUACUGCACACCUGGCCAGCGCUUCAACACUACUUUACAGAGUUGUCAGAAUGGAAAGUGCCCGCCGUGUAAUUGCGACAAUGGUGGUGGCGAUGGCGGGGCGGGAAUUGAUUGCAGUACAGCUCCGAAUGGCGCUCGUUUUGGGGACAGCCAACAUUGCCGAGUUUUCUGGCAAUGCGUGGAAGGACAAGCCGUGCAGCUCUUCUGCGAAAUUGGCAUGUGGUACGAUCGCGAUCGAUAUGUGUGCAAUUUCCCGGCAUUGGUAACCAACUGUCCGGCCAAUGAAGAUUAAUAAAUUUAACGAAUAAAAAUAUUAAAAACGGUUAAAUAAAGAACUAAUUGUACCGGUGGACAUAACAUUUAAAUAUAA